GAUUCGGUGCCUCCCCCCGACCCCCUCGGCCAUGUGGGGACUACAAGUCCCAGGAGACAGCGUUCCCUGCUGAGCCCUGCCGCCGCCGCAGCUGGGGGAGCGGUGCAUGUCGGGAGCUGUAGUCUCGGAGAGGCGGCUGCACGUGUGCUGCUGUCGAAACGAUCUCCGCGGAGUCUAUGGUUGGAGGGGCUGGGCCUGAGGCGUGCACAAUGCUGCUGAGCUAGAAAGCUUGUGGCUUCCCUGUUUCAGUGCUGGUCACAUGGAAGCGCUCAUGCUAUGGAAAGUGGAAUUGAAACGAUCUCCGGUCUAUGGUUGGAGGGGCUGGGCCUGAGGCGUGCACAAUGCUGCUGAGCUAGAAAGCUUGUGGCUUCCCAGUCUCUGCGCUGGUCACAUGGAAGCGCUCAUGCUAUGGAAAGUGGAAUUAGUGGCUCCGUAAGCGGCUAUUGGCCAGCGUCCUCGGCAAGAUCGCUGCAUGGUGUUUGGUUAGGCUGAGAUUGUUUGUGGCAGAUGGCGAAAGAGUUAAAAAUGGAAAUGGACAUCAGAAAGGUUUUCAAACAACCAGUGCCAGAAAAUGCCCCUGAAUGUGAUGCAGAGAUGGUCCCGGAGAAGCUACCUGCUGCUAAGAAAAGCAGAACGUGGAAGGAAGAAAAUCGAAAAUUUCAGGAGCAGUGGGAAACGCGGUUUCUUGUGUUUCUGAAGCCAUCCAAUUCCAUUUCUGAGCAAGUUGCAGUGUGCGCUAUUUGUAAGAAGGAAAUUCGUCAGAUUAAAAUGUACGCGAUGCAGCGUCACUAUAACACUCAUGCGGGGGAAGUUGAACAGAAUUACCGUGGUGAGUUUCAGAGGCGCAAGCUGUUAAAUGAUGCAAAAACCGAGCUCGAAAGACAACAGCAACCGCCAAGAGAUUUUCUGAAGAAAGCGGAUCAGCUCUUGGUGGCUACUUUUAAAGUGGCCCUGCUUUUGGGGCAAGCAAGGAAAUCUUUCGACGAAGGAGAACUCGUGAAGAAAAUUGUUCUGGCCGUUCAACCAGAAAAUACGCUUUUCAGAGAGCUACCACUGAGCAAUGACAUGUUACAGAGGAGCACAAGAGAUCUAGCGAACUUUCUACAAAACGAAAUAGCCGAGAAGGUCGCAGCAAGCCCUUUCUACAGCCUGUGCUUGGUUGAGAGCCUUGAUGUCAUGAAGAAUCCCAAGAUAAUCGUAUGCGUUCGCUUUUUUGACUGUGCUCACUGUUGUUUUACCGAAGGCGUUUUAUGUCAGGUGAGCCUCACUGAUAGGCCAACUGGCAAACACAUUUUUCAGAGUGUGCAGGCGAGAAUGCAAGAGUGCCGGGUUAGCUUUGACAAUCUGUGCGGCUUGACAGCUGAUGGGGCAGCGGCUAGGCAAGGUGCCCAAGCAGAGGUGUUGGACUGCUUCCGAAAAAGCUGCCCUCAGAAACUGUUUCUGUUUCACUGGUUUGUCCACCAAGAAGUACUUGCCAGCAAGGCUUCAAUGGAAAGUAUGGAUGAGGUUGAAUCCGUAGUGAAAAAGUGCAUCAGUGCUGUGAACACCAGCGGUGUCAAUAAAGAGAGAUUCGCAACUCUGUGUGACACGGGCUCUGAGACGCACAAGGUGCUGCUGCGUUACAACCUGGUCCAUUGGCUUAGUUUUAAUGACCAUGUACAGUGGCUGUUUGAGCUCCGGGGAGAGCUCAUUGAGGUUUUGAACACCGUUUCGCCGGAACUGUCCCAAAAGCUACAAGAUCCAGAAGUACAUGGUGCUUUGCUCUUUUUGAAAGAGUUUUUGCCAAAGCUUGCUUCCUUGACCCUGGAGCUCCAGAUACCUCAGCUCACCAUAUUUGACCGUGUUGAAGUAAUUCAUACGUUCCGAAUGACCAUCGCUGACAUUGUCCAGCAACUACAAGAGAACCGGGACUUUUCUGUUUUUUCUGAGCUUAGUGGGUUUCUCGGCUGUCAGGACGAGAGCGUACAGCGAAAGGUUGGCUUAGCUGUAACCAAAUACCUGCGUAUCCUCUCGGAAGAUCUGGAAAAUUGUUUCAGCGAGGGAAACUUUUUCCGUCAGUACACUUUUGUGACGGACCCGUUCAGCAAUUCUGGUUCAGGGUUUUUGGCUGCAGACAGACUAACAGCCUUGCGAGACAGAUUAGCUUCCUUUGCCUCUUUGGAUGUAAGGAAUCUCCAGUAUCUCUUGGUGCACAUGCGUAAUAAUGCAAGGAUGAAAACCUACUUCAGUCAGCCCGGUGUUACGGUGCAGCAGUUCUGGCUCAAAGUGUACCUGUCUGAGGACACCUACAGGCCUCUAGCUAAAGUUGCUUUUCUUUUCUUGUCCCUGUUUUCAACUACGGUGCUGUGUGAGAGGGCAUUUAGUGCACUGCAUUGUCUGAAGGGCAAGUCCCAAAAUGGCCUCACUGAUGCUAACCUGGAAUCUUCCCUUCUAGUUUCACAGGAGACCCGAGAUCCUGCCGACUUUCCAUUCCAAGAGCUCCUGAACUUCUGCAGGUAGUCUGAGCCACACAACGGCUGUGUUCCAGAAAUUAAAGUUCUGGGGCUUAUCACCCUGUAUUGGUAAAGGACAAUAUAACAGGAUUGUUUGUUACUACUUUUAUUGCUAAAUUGGAUUGAUUUUUUUUUUGUCCGUGAACGAGAAAGUUUGGACAUAUUUGCAGAUUUUUUUUCAUUAUUUGGACUUUAAUUAUGUAAAAGCAUUUUUAAAUGUGGUUCCCAAUUGUUGUACAGACAUCCACCUUUUACCAAAAAAGACAAAAACGUGCCAAACGCCUUGUUAGUGUUCUGUUGUGCUCCAGUAAAGGAUAGAGACAACAGUGCAUUAUUUUUAUUAGAGUCUGAAGAAGGAAAAGAAACCAAACCCUACAUAAAUAACUGACAAUGA